AUGCCUCCAGUCCUCAUUACUGGUAGUGCUGCAACAUUAGCCGUCUUACAAUGCUUCUUGUUGGUGAGGUUCGCCAACCGGACUUCCACAAGCAGUGCUGAAAGGGUCGCUUUGUAUCUCACGAUCCUGCCGUUGAGUUUCAUCUUGUUCGCGGCUUUUGAGGUCAGCAAUGUGCGGAUCGUAUGGGCCAUGACCUGUCUCACAGGCAGUAUCAUAUUAUAUACCCAACUUGCCGUCGCCUGCUAUCCGCUCGAACUCUCCGACUCGUCCGCGAGCGCAGAAACGACAGUGCCUUACCAUCGACGACUGAUCAAGCUGUUCAGGCGAGAUGCCGUCGCCGCUGCGUCUGACCUGCCAUGUGCAGCUUUCCCUUAUAGCCCCUUAGCUGAGGGCUCGAUCAGGCUGCUCAGAUUUCUUGACCGACGUGAUGCCGAGGACAAUGCUUUACGAUUCGAGCUUUAUCACUCCAAGCUGAGCUGGAGGCCUGAGUACGUGGCCUUGUCUUAUUCCUGGGGAAGCAGUGACAGGCAGAGCAAAGCGAACAUCGUGGUAGACGGUCGAACAUUUGAGGUGUCACGAAACCUUGCAGACGCUCUCCACAAGCUGCAUCAGAACAAUAUCUCUACGGUCUGGGUUGAUGCCAUUUGCAUCAAUCAGCAGGACAACAUCGAGAAAAGCAGGGAAGUUACACGGAUGUUUGCAAUAUACCGCACGGCACAGAUGGUGGUCAUAUGGCUCGGCUUGCACACUAGUGCAGAGAACGAUAUGCAUGAGCUUGUGGCGGCCGCCGAGGAUAUCGAAAGACCGGCAAGCAGACUCAAUCACAGCAAUGCCCCUGAUUUCGAACUGUCUGCUCUAGAACAAUUGUUGUCGCAACCUUACUGGGCCAGGGUGUGGAUCAUUCAGGAGGUCGCAGCGGCCAGACAGGCACGUAUAUUCUGGGGAUCCUAUAUCUUUGACCUGCGCUCUUUGGAAACGCUGUUGCGUGACAGACUCGAUCCACCGGGCAACGAUCGCGACAAGCACGGCCUCGCCCAGAAAGUUCUAUCGGUCCGUGCUGCUUGUCGAGCACAGCAGAAGCCUCGACUAAUGGAUAUACUGGCGAUGACCACUUCAUCUAAUACCAGCGUCCUGAGAGACAAAGUAUAUGGCCUCCUCGGUCUGGCCUCGGAUUGGACCGACUUUGUGCAAGAACCAAACUACUCGAAAACCGUGUCCGAGAAGACUCUUUGCCGCGAAAUGACGUCCAAUCACAUCGCCUGGUACAGCUCCGCAGAUAUCAUCUUCCUCCGAAGUACGAAUCCCCAUCAGGCCGAGCUGCCCUCCUGGUGUCCUGACUAUUUUCACUUUCAGCCGCACGAAUUUGACAAAAACCUGAUUCCGUACGUGGGCGGCAAAGAUGUCAAUCUGGGCUGGGAGAGAAGGCGAGCCUUUGGUCAAGGAUCUCCCACUAUGAACGAAGUCAUCCCUGACACAUUCAUCACUAGCGGCGACAGACUGAUCCUAAAGGGCCGACGCAUCGGCAGGAUUACAGCCCUUGGCGCCCUGUUGGACGAACGGACUGCUCCGAGCGCCCCCAACGAGCAGUUUUCUGCCAACGACAUCACAGAUCGACACAUCGGAAAGGCCUUCCGCAGGCUACUUCUCAUCUGCCACAAUCAGACAUUCGGGAUCCAGCCAUCUGCGGCGUUCUUCUCGCUUCUGUACGCUCUGCCGGAUCACGUCUUCCAGGACAGGGGUCAUAUGAGGGUAAAGCAUUGGCUGGACUCUCACAGGGCAUUUUUCGAGGCAUUUGGCGUAAAGCUGUCCCCAGAGUCCGACGACUUCGCCUUCAUUGCACGCCGAGGUGGCAGGUUGAGCAUCGCGUCGAGAGUCCUUCCCGAGUGGAGAGAGUUCUUCAGCUUGAAUGAAGACAACACGAUCAGCCGCCGAGGAGAACACCCUCUCUAUCCUAUGCUGGCGUCAAUUUCCUCGAUUCUGGAAGAACGCAUGCGGCUGAUGUACAUCCACGACCAAGUCCUGUUGGGUUGGGCACACCGGCACGCAAGACCCGAUGACAUCGUUUGGCAUCUCGAAGGCUGUACGUUGCAAGCCAUCCUGCGCAAGUCGGAAGAGCUAUCCGAGAAACACGGCGAGAGCAUCUUUAAGUUGAUCGGGCACGCAUACGUCGAUCCUGUCAUGGCCAGUGGACGUUGGAUGGCAAAGGAGACGAGAAGUCGGCUCGUGAAUCUAUGUUGA